UCACAUCAAGGUUUUUCAUUCGAUCGCCUACUUCCAUUGGGCAGCGAAAAAUUGUCGGGAAGAUAAAAACAUUCCAUCGACUCCAUUUGUGAGGUUCAGUUGUACGCUCUAGUGUGAAGAAAAAGAAAAAAGAAUCGUUCUCAACAUUCGUGAAGGUUUCUGUGCGUGCUCAAUACCGUGAACAAACGAAAAGCGACAUUCUCUAUCUCAUCCAAAUAUUAUACCACCCUCCCCCAAAUCGGUUUCUCUGCAGGAGGAGGAAGCAGAAUCAAUUUCACAACAAAAGGCGGCGGUCAAGUUUUUCCAGAGUUUUCAGCUCAUAAAACACGCACACACACACACACGCACACAUUAGCGUGCGCGGACGCAAUAGUUGGACAGUUUUUCUACGUGUACGUUUAGUACAGUUUCAGUACGAGGAAAUAAAACGCAAAAAUGGUGGUCAUCGCUAAAUCGUCUGCUAAAAAGGGUGAAAAGUCAAUUCUUCCCCUGGUCCACCCACAUCCGGAUACGAACGCCACUCCGACCGCACCGACCGAAGAUGGCAACAACUCGACCGCCUCGAACAUUAUUUUGCUGCGCCGUGGUCGUCAGCUGAAACCGGCUACUGCGGCCAUUCUGCUGCUGGUGGCACUGUUAGGUUUUUCCAUCGGUACCAUCGGCGGUCUGUUCUACUAUCGCCAGUAUGCGCAGGCCCGCAACCAUAUGCGCUACCAUGGCUUUUGCAAGAUCCCGUACGAUGCAAGCAACUUCGAAUCACUGUACCGUUCGAUGAAUGCUGACCGUGACAUGGAGAUUCUGCGCCAGUUCAACAUGUUCCAGAUGCCGAAAGCGCUCAAUCAGGAUGCCACCUCGGAUGAUUCACAGUCCACGGAGAAUGGAGCGAACGGAAGCGACAACAACGAUGAGUUCUUCCGCGAGGAGUUCGAGCUGGGCCUUUCGGACGACGAGAACUACUCGAAGAUCGAUGUGCCGGUGUUCCGCGGACAGCGUUCGGCACGUUUCCUGCACGAUUUUACCUUCAACCAGUCCGGUAUCAUCGAUAGUGCGGCACGCCGUUGCUUCAUCAUGCCGCUCGACCGUGAAACCGUACUGCCGCCGCAGUCGUUGCGCGAUCUGAUCACGAAGAUGCAGCUGGGCUACUACAACAUCGAUACGAGCGUGCUGAAGAAAACGAUGCGCGUCGUCAUGCCGGAACUGACUGAUUUUACCGAUGUUUCACCGCGCGUCACCAAAGAGUGUGUUGACAUGAAGAUCUACCAGCUGGAGAAGAUCGUCAGUGGAGUUUACAAGCGUUCGACCGAUAUCCAGGAACGUGCCAAGUUUGCCGAGUUCGGUGGAAACCACAUUUCACUCAUCGACAUUGAAAACCUCGACGAGCUGAACAACUAGAAUAGCAGUAGUAGUGGUAGUAGGAGCAGCAGCAGCAACAACAACGGUGCACAUCUGGUAGCGCCGAGCACAGAAUGGUAGGAAAUAACGGGUGGUUUUGAUGCGGGUGAAAAGUUCCGGAACGGUUUGCUAAACCCUGACCUCUGUUCCUGGAGGAGUUUUUUGUUUUGUUUUUUCGAGGUUUUAUUAAUGAGUAAAUGGCUGAUUAAGACAAGUAUUAAGGCAACCGGUUCCGCGGAAAUAUGCUACGUUUUCGAAUGUACGGUGUGUGUGUGUUUUUAGGGCAGACAGAAGAAGGAGGGAAAGAAGGCGAACAGGAAUGCGUUUAAACAACAAUAUAGCUUAUAUCUCUACGGUAUGAUGAAGCAACCAAUUUCUCUCUCACGUUCCCAUAUUUUAUACAGCAGGUGCAAGUCCUGCUCUAAACGUUCAAUUAGAACCCGUUGAAAAGAUUAAUAUAGAUUCUCCAAAAUUAGCACCCGGCGUUGUGCACAACAACACACAAUGAAAAUUUUCCACCGCUCCUUGUUGUCGACAUUGUGUCCCUCUAAAAUGUGAAUUGUUGAUUUUGAUAUAUUGCGGGUUUUUAUUUUGUUGUUUGUGCCUAAACAUAGAUUUACAUUACAAUCGUUAUUCUUGUUCUGAUUAGUGUCACAAGUACGUUUAAUCGUACGGCAUUUCGGUUUCUUAUCAUUCUUUGGCAACAUUCGACUUUACGUUGUUUAGCUGGAAAAAGUAAUUUCGAAUUACUGGUAUAUGUGACCUAAUGUAUACCAAAAUGUCAACCUGUUAACUAAUCCUCCUUCUUAUAUUAGCAUAACAUUAUAACCGCCCUCGAGCCUGUCCCAUUCCCGUCCGUUCAGUUAAUUUCCACGCAGACCGGUACACAAUUUUAUACAUUUUAUAAACAACCCCCAAGCACAAAAUGUGAUGCUCUCGUUUUGCUAUCUUCUCUGUCCUGGUUACCUUUUGUCGCAAGUAGUUCGCAUUAGAUCAAUCAAUCAUCAAACGAUAGACACAUUCCUUGCUACUGUAACGUCCGAAAAAAAACCCCGCAUAAUAACUGUGCCGAUUGCGUGUGUUUCUGUAUGGCAGAUUCCUGCACAAGGGAAUUUAUGGAUCCAUUUUUCAUAACUGCAGACAAACGUUAGAAGUUUUUCUUACCAUUCUUAAAACAAACAAAAACCAAUUCCCCUUCUACAAGAGCGAGAAUAUGUGGAACGGUAAAAUAGAGAGUACAUUAUUUUGCAACAGCAAAAACAAAAAGACAGACAGAAAAGAGAAGGCAGAACACAACAAUGAGUAACAAAUAAUUAUGUUUAUUGGAAUUGUAAAAAAUAAAAUACUAUUAGUAAAUA